UCAUUCACGUGUGUAUUAAAACAAAGCGUGAAUUUCAAUGACAAUUUUAUUAUUAAUUUCUCAAAAGACGACCUAUAUUAAAAAAAGUAUCGAAAGUGUAUUUAAGCAGCUAUGUAAGUCGUUAUUUUUACUACAGUUGUAGGAGCAGAAACAUGUUGUUGAAGUUUGCAAGUGUAUUGUUGAUCGCUUUAGUGCUCAUCAACAUGAGUCAGAGCAAAUCUUUGGAUGACGUUUGCUCGCUUCCUAAAGAUGUGGGUCCUUGCAGAGCAAGAUUAGUUCGUUGGUAUUACGAUAGAAAGACAAAAUCAUGCGAAGAGUUCGAUUACGGUGGAUGUCACGGAAAUGAUAAUAAUUUCAAGACACUGCGUGAUUGCAGAAAGACUUGUGGUUGAAUCGAUAAGUUCUUGAAUGGAAAAU